GGCCAUGUGGUGGGACCCCAAGCACAGGCCUUCAGGAGCCUCUGGGAGCUGCCGCCAGGACCUGUCACCAUGUCGCUUUGCAAUUAAUUUGCGCCAGGCGACAGAUAUGCUGGACUUGCAUUUCAAUCCACGCUUCAACAAAUCCACCAUCUUCUGCAACUCGUGAGAUAGCAGCAAGUGGGGACAAGAGCAACGGAAAUCACCUGUGCUGAUAUCAAGGGAUAUCGAGGAGAGGACCCAGGCGGUAGAGCACCCUGGCCUGGACACAUGUGCCCAUUCUUUGAACUACCAGGUACUGCCCUGGCCCAUUCCCAGGGUACCUCCUGCCUCCUUAACAACCUCCCUCCCACUGCAGUUCACCGUGAACUUUGAGAGCGACGGAUUCAAGGUGAAGCUGCCAGAUGGGCACCAGUUGACCUUUCCCAACAGACUGGGCCACAGCCAGCUGAGCUACCUGAGUGUGCAGGGCGGGUUCAACAUCUCCUUCAAGCUCGACUGAGUGGGCAGCACCUCGUCAGAAUGAGACUCCCAGCCUGGCUUCCCUAUCCUGAACCUUCUUCUGAGUCACACCAGGAUCAGCAGCCCUUUGGGCCUGGA